CAAUGAAACAAUGUGAAGAAAUUGAGCUUGUUCUUGAGGCUUAAACCCUAAAUGUAGAUUGUAGAGCUUCUUCUAUGGUGCAUUCCAAUGGCGGUUGCAAGCUUAAAAUUCGCGCGCCAACCCAAUCUUCAUCUUCUUUCCACUCCCUUCCAAUGUCUCCGCAUGGUUGUACCGAAAUCCGUCGUUGCAUUUGACGCAGAUGCCGCCACGACAACCGAAAAGUGUAGCGGCUCCAUUCCUGAAGAAGUUGACAAGAAGGGCCCGGAAUGGAAGAGGGUUGAUUCAAAAGAGCUUGGAAUUCAUAAUUCGAUGAUUGGAGGAACUGUGAAAAAGGUUCUUAAUGGGCUCAAGAAAAAAGGAUACGAUGUGUAUCUUGUAGGAGGUUGUGUACGGGAUCUUAUUCUAAAGGAAACACCGAAGGACUUCAAUGUUAUAACUUCAGCUGAGCUCAAGCAGGUCAUGAGAAUAUUUUCAUGGUGUGAGAUUACUGGUAAACGUUCCCCUACAUGUCACAUUCACAUGGAUGGUACCGUUGUUGAGGUUUCAAGUUUUAACACUGCUAGAUGCGAAGUAGGUAUGGAAUUCGAUCAUCAUAUUGAAGCACUUAAUGGCUGUGACGAGAAGGAUCAUCAACGAUGGAUGAAUUGUAUAAACCAGGACUUUACAAUUAAUGGAUUGAUGCUUGAUCCCUAUGCAAGAAUUGUUUAUGAUUACACGGGAGGAAUAGAAGAUAUUCAAAAAGCUAAAGUGCGAACUAUAAUUCCGGGCGAUACUUCAUUUCAGGAAGAUUAUGCUCGCAUUCUACGCGCAAUUAGAAUUGCUGCUCACUUAGGAUUCAGUGUUUCUAAGGAAACUGCUCAUUUUAUCAAAAGUCUAUCUUCUUCAGUCUUAAGACUUGAUAAGGAUAGGCUCCUGAUGGAAAUAAAUUAUAUGCUAGCUUACGGUUUUGGUGAAGCUUCUUUGAGGCUAUUAUGGAAAUUUGGACUUCUCGAUAUACUUCUUCCCUUUCAGGCUGCUUAUUUUGCUCACCAUGGAUUUCAAAGGCUGGAUAAAAGGACCAAUAUGCUUCUAUCUUUGUUCUCCAAUUUGGAUAAGCUUUUGGCUCCAAAUCUUCCAUGUCAUAGUAGCUUAUGGGUUGGCAUCCUUGCAUUACAUAAAACAUUGAGUGAUCGACCAAGGGACCCCUUGGUGGUUGCUUCAUUUAGCCUUGCAGUACAUAAUGGUGGAAAUCUGUUGGAAGCAGUGAACAUAGCAAGGAUGAUCAGCAACCCACAUUAUGUGAGAUUUCCUGAAUUAUUAGACCCUUCAGGUCUGGAUGCAAAGGCACUGGAAGAUGAGACUCUGGAGCUUGCAGAGUCUAUUCAAGGGACACUAUUGCAAAUGACUGAUCAGUAUUUUGUAUCUAAGGCUUUGGCUGACUAUCCCCAAGCCCCUCAUUCUGAUCUGGUAAUCAUUCCAUUAGGACUAUACCGAAAAACAUUCAGCAUUUUCGGAUGUGUGAAAAGGAGUGCUGAUAAGAAAUUUUUGUCAAAGCAAGACAGAAAUAUUGAUUACGAGUCUUUGGCACAUGGUAACCUACAAGAAACACGACAUGUUUUUGCAAGGAUUGUAUUUGAUACCAUAUACCCACUUCACCAGGAUCAAACUUCCCUUAUUAGAGAAAAAUGCUCUCUAAAAUAGACAUUCUAUCAAGAGAAAUUAGUCUGGUGAGAAUUGGAAUAGCUUGGUGAAAGGUCUUCUAGCUCUAUGAGGUACUUGCAGGAAUUAAAAUUCUCUUCAAUUUUUGACAUCAACACUGGUUAAUAAAGGGUAGCAGUGUACUAUCCUACCUUCAUCUGCAAUGUGUACCUAACAAGCUGCUACAUAUCUAGUGGAUAUGAUUUUGCUCAAAAAGCCAAUUCAGAUAACCAACUUGCAUCCAA